CCCACAACAAACCGUUGCUCGGACUCGCGUCAUAAAGAAUUCCCAGAGUCCCAUUUGGAAUGAGCAUUUCGUUAUCCCCCUUGCACAGAAGAUGGCCUUCUUGGAAUUCAACGUGAAAGACGACGACGUCUUUGGCGCUGAAGUUAUGGGGACGGUCAAAUUCCCUGCUCAGAAAAUCGCCUCCGGUGCACUCAUUAGCGGGUGGUUUCAGGUGCUUGGCCCAAAUGAUAAGCCGCCGAAGGCUGGCGCUUCGCUACGACUCGAAAUGAAGUUCUCUCCGGUUGAGAAUAACCCAUUAUAUCGGCACGGCAUUGCUGGAGAUCCGGAGCAAAAGGGCGUGCGGCACACUUAUUUUCCCGUUAGGAAAGGGAGCUCCAUGAGACUGUACCAAGAUGCUCAUGUGCCUGAUGGGCUGCUGCCGGAGAUUGGAUUAGACGGAGGGAAAGUUUAUAGGCAAGAGAAAUGCUGGGAAGAUAUCUGCCAUGCUAUAUCAGAGGCUCACCAUAUGAUUUAUGUCGUCGGAUGGUCGGUUUUUCAUAAGGUGAAGCUGAUUAGAGAGCCAAGCAGGCCAUUGCCGCGAGGUGGGGAUUUGACUCUUGGUGAUCUGCUCAAAUACAAAUCAGAAGAGGGGGUCCGAGUUUUGAUGAUGGUUUGGGAUGAUAAGACUUCUCACGAUAAGUUAUUCAUUAACACGGCAGGAUUGAUGCAGACACAUGAUGAGGAAACUCGAAAAUUUUUCAAGCAUUCAUCAGUUAUCUGCGUGCUCUCACCUCGCUAUCCAAGUGGCAAGUUAAGCUAUGUGAAACAGAAGGUUGUAGGGACUGUCUUCACACACCAUCAAAAGUGUGUCCUUGUUGAUACACAAGGAUAUGGUAAUAACAGAAAGAUAACUGCAUUUAUUGGAGGUCUUGAUCUCUGUGAUGGUCGCUACGAUACACCUGAGCAUCGAUUGUUCCUUGGCCUUGACACGAUAUUUAAGGAUGAUUUUCAUAAUCCUACAUUUCCUGCUGGAACCAAAGCUCCACGGCAACCAUGGCAUGACUUGCACUGUCGAAUCGAAGGGCCGGCUGCAUAUGACUUGCUUAUGAACUUUGAGCAACGUUGGAACAAAGCCACAAGAUGGACAGAGUUUGGCUUACGGUGCAGGAGAAUUUCUCACUGGCAUGAUGCUUUGAUAAAGAUAGAGCGGAUAUCAUGGAUAUUAAGCCCUAACCUAACUACCUUAAGAGACGGUACGAUAAAAGUUCCAGAGGAUGACCCUAAAGUAUUUGUUUCAAGGGAAGAAGAUCCUGAAAACUGGCAUGUUCAGAUUUUCCGUUCCAUUGACUCUGGGUCUGUUAAAGGAUUUCCAAAAGAUGUCCAUGUUGCCGAGUCUCAGAACCUUGUCUGUGCAAAAAACUUGACUAUAGAGAAAAGCAUUGAAAUGGCAUAUAUCCAGGCCAUCAGAUCCGCGCAACAUUUCAUAUAUAUUGAAAAUCAGUAUUUUAUUGGAUCAUCGUACGGAUGGCCGGGAUAUAAAAAUGCUGGGGCUGAUAAUCUCAUUCCCAUGGAGUUGGCCCUAAAGAUUGCAAGCAAAAUAAGAGCUAAGGAAAGAUUUGUUGUAUAUAUUAUCAUACCAAUGUGGCCGGAGGGAGAUCCGAAGAGCGGUCCCAUGCAAGAGAUCCUUUAUUGGCAGGGACAAACAAUGCAAAUGAUGUAUGAAAUUGUUGCAAGUGAAUUGAAGUCAUCACAGCAACCAGAUUUGCGCCCUCAAGACUACCUAAAUUUCUACUGCCUUGGUAAUCGGGAAGAAAUUCCUAACAAUGGGCAGACAACCGACGAUACAACGGGAUCUAUAUCUAGUGCACAAAAACAUCAACGGUUUAUGAUAUAUGUACAUGCCAAGGGGAUGGUAGUAGAUGAUGAAUAUGUAAUUAUUGGGUCUGCCAAUAUUAACCAAAGAUCUAUGGCGGGAACCAAGGACACCGAGAUAGCCACUGGUGCAUAUCAGCCACAUCACACGUGGGCAAAGAAUAAGAAACACCCUCGGGGUCAGAUUUACGGGUACAGAAUGUCGCUAUGGAGUGAGCAUCUCGGGUUGCUUGAUCCAUGUUUUGAGGAGCCAGAAAGUUUGGAAUGCGUGAGAAGAGUGAACAGGAUUGCGGAGGAUAACUGGACGAGGUUCACGGAUGAGGAGUUCACGACGUUGCAGGGCCACCUUCUCCAGUAUCCGUUGCUCGUGGAAGGUGACGGGAAAGUCAGCCCUCUGCCUGGACAUGAAAACUUCCCUGAUAUAGGGGGGAAGAUACUAGGGUCUCAUUCCACUGCAAUUCCUGAUGUUUUGACCACAUAGUCUCCUUCCUUUAACAGCAAUGGUGUGCUUUUUCUGCAAGUUUAGUCAUAUAGGCUUUGUAAAUUUUGUGCUGAACUUAAGGUAGUUUCCAUUGGGUAGAAUCAGUCCCUCUUGAUCCCGAGUCGAAAUAGGCGAAUGGGAAAGAGAGUCGAUAACUUUGCUAGUCAGUAGCCGAGUCUGGUGUUCUAAGAGUGAAAAAUUCUGGGUGGUUGGUGGGAUUUUCUAUCGUGUUCAUUGAUGUUUGUAUGUAUUUUAAUGGUGUUGAAUUUGUGGAUGUGUAUUGUAGGGAUAUUAUCGUGGAUUUUCAUUCAUUUUCCUUCAAAUAAAGUUUCAAAUUGUUGUUGAUUGAUUUA